UACCCAAUUGCAGCUGCCAUCACUUACCACUUUCACUAGUUCGCAACUUAUCUUCAAUGGAACAAUUGCGAGAGACCUUCCGACCUCACCGCUUUGGGACAAAUGAACAUUAUAUGGACCUGUUUCACGUGUACGACGACCUCUCUCGCACGCCUUAUCUACAUGGCAUCGGCAUUCAAUGUGAAGAUCCCGACACCUAUGUUAUCAAUUCCUGGCAUGUCAUUACACCCUCUGCAAUGAGGAAUCAUCUGAAUUGGCGCAGUUCGACUCCUUCGCAAUUCAUAUCCUUUUUCGACAGUUUGCAGGAUGCUCGCCGCGAGCAACAAAGAAGACGCGACAAAACGUACGUCUCUCAUGUUGGUUAUCGAAGACCAGAAUCAGUCCGCAUAGCGCAUGUGCGGCUCCAACGGAACACUAAUGUUUGGGUGUUCUCCCGUGCAGAAAUGCUUCGUAUGAUGAGAACCUUUGGCCGCCAGGCGGAACUCGAAAUGGCUCAAUCCUCUGCGCUUGGCGAGUGGUUCGUGUGGGGAGUGGUUCCCGAUGAGUGUGUACAGAGUAUGUAGUAUGGUUCAGUGCAAGCCCACCGAAUAGACACAUAGUGUUCCUCCCCA